AUGACAAGUAGGCGAUCCCGAUAACCAUCGCAAUUUUGGCAGCCAAAUUUACAGCCAGACGGAGGCGGUUCAUUGGUAAAGCAAGUACGGUGUAGCGUCGCCAAGAUGACGCAGGCACUACCAAUUCGUUUUCAGGAGCACAUGCAGCUGGUAAAUGUGGGUAUAAACCCACCCAGCAUAAACUUCAACUCCCUGACGAUGGAAUCUGACAAGUUCAUCUGCGUGAGGGAGAAGCUGGGAGACACGGCUCAGGUUGCGAUAAUCGAUCUGGCAGAUCCAACCAAUGCCAUUCGUCGACCCAUAUCGGCAGAUUCUGCAAUAAUGAACCCAGCCAGCAAGGUCAUUGCUUUAAAAGGAAAGGCUGGUGUUGAAGCAGCCCAGAAGACCCUUCAGAUUUUCAACAUAGAAAUGAAAAGCAAGAUGAAGGCCCAUACCAUGACGGAAGAUGUUAUUUUCUGGAAGUGGGUUUCGCUGAAUACGUUGGCUCUGGUAACGGAGACGUCCGUAUACCACUGGAGUAUGGAAGGUGAUUCAAUCCCACAGAAGAUGUUUGAUCGCCACUCCAGUUUGAAUGGUUGCCAGAUUAUAAAUUAUCGCACAGAUCCCAAACAAACGUGGCUGUUGCUCAUUGGAAUUUCUGCACAGCAAAACCGUGUGGUUGGUGCCAUGCAACUCUACUCAGUAGAGCGGAAGGUUUCGCAGCCCAUCGAAGGGCACGCUGCCUCAUUUGCGCAGUUCAAGAUGGAAGGAAAUGCGGAGUUAUCCACUCUCUUCUGUUUCGCAGUGCGGACCUUGCAGGGUGGGAAGCUCCAUAUAAUUGAAGUUGGCCAGCCACCAGCUGGUAACCAGCCAUUCCACAAGAAGGCUGUGGAUGUGUUCUUCCCACCAGAAGCGCCCAACGAUUUCCCAGUGGCUAUGCAGGUUAGCAACAAGUAUGAUGUGAUCUACUUGAUAACAAAGUAUGGAUACAUUCAUCUGUAUGAUAUAGAAUCUGCAACUUGCAUCUACAUGAACAGAAUAAGUGGAGACACCAUAUUUGUGACUGCACCUCACGAAGCAAGUGGCGGCAUUAUUGGUGUAAACAGAAGAGGCCAGGUAUUGUCUGUAACUGUUGAUGAAGAGAACAUAAUUCCUUACAUCAACAAUGUCCUUCAGAACCCUGAUCUGGCUCUUAGGAUGGCAGUGAGGAACAAUUUGGCUGGUGCGGAAGAACUGUUUGUGCGCAAGUUCAAUACACUCUUCCAGAAUGGCCAGUAUUCUGAAGCUGCCAAGGUGGCAGCCAGUGCUCCCAAGGGCAUUCUUCGUACGCCGCAAACCAUUCAGAGGUUCCAGCAAGUGCCUACACCACAGGGACAGACAUCGCCUUUACUUCAGUAUUUUGGCAUCCUCUUGGAUCAGGGCCAGCUGAACAAGUUCGAGUCGCUGGAGCUGUGCCGGCCGGUGCUGCAGCAAGGCCGCAAGCAGCUGCUGGAGAAGUGGCUGAAGGAGGACAAGCUGGAGUGCUCGGAGGAGCUGGGCGACCUGGUGAAGCAGGCCGACCCCACGCUCGCCCUGUCUGUCUACCUGCGCGCCAACGUGCCCAGCAAGGUGAUCCAGUGCUUCGCCGAGACGGGUCAGUUCCAGAAGAUAGUGCUGUACGCCAAGAAGGUGGGCUACGUGCCGGACUUUGUGUUCCUGCUGCGCAACGUGAUGCGCGUCAACCCGGACCAGGGCGUGGGCUUCGCCCAGAUGCUGGUGCAAGAUGAGGAGCCCCUGGCGGACAUCAACCAGAUUGUGGAUAUCUUCAUGGAGCAGAACAUGGUGCCACAAUGCACAGCGUUCCUAUUGGAUGCUUUGAAGAAUAACCGGCCAUCGGAGGGUCCUCUGCAGACUCGUCUCCUCGAGAUGAAUCUCAUGUCGGCACCACAGGUGGCAGAUGCCAUCUUAGGCAAUCAGAUGUUUACGCACUACGACAGAGCUCAUGUUGCCCAGCUGUGCGAGAAGGCAGGUUUGCUGCAGAGAGCGUUGGAACAUUACACAGAUCUGUACGACAUAAAGCGUGCAGUCGUUCACACACACCUUCUUAAUCCAGAAUGGCUGGUUGGGUAUUUUGGCACACUUUCAGUAGAGGACUCUUUGGAGUGUCUGAAGGCCAUGCUUACUGCAAACAUCCGUCAGAACUUGCAGAUUUGUGUCCAGAUUGCAACAAAGUACCACGAGCAGCUGACAACAAAAGCCUUGAUUGAUUUGUUUGAGUCCUUUAAAAGCUACGAGGGACUUUUCUACUUUUUGGGCUCAAUAGUUAAUUUCAGCCAAGACCAGGAAGUACACUUCAAGUAUAUUCAGGCUGCGUGCAAGACGGGACAGAUCAAAGAAGUGGAGCGUAUCUGCAGGGAGUCGAACUGUUACAAUGCAGAGAGGGUGAAGAACUUCCUGAAGGAGGCAAAGCUCACCGACCAACUGCCUCUCAUCAUAGUUUGCGACCGUUUUGAUUUUGUUCAUGACCUUGUCCUCUACUUGUAUCGCAAUAAUCUACAGAAGUACAUUGAAAUAUAUGUUCAGAAGGUGAACCCAUCUCGGCUGCCAGUGGUGAUUGGAGGUUUGCUGGACGUGGACUGCUCCGAAGACAUCAUAAAGAACUUGAUCUUGGUAGUGCGUGGCCAGUUCUCUACUGACGAACUUGUUGAGGAAGUGGAGAAGAGAAACCGCCUGAAGCUUCUGCUUCCUUGGCUGGAGUCGAGGGUGCACGAGGGCUGUGUGGAGCCAGCUACCCAUAAUGCCCUGGCCAAGAUCUACAUCGACAGCAACAAUAAUCCUGAGAGAUUCCUCAAGGAGAACCAGUUUUACGACAGCAGAGUGGUGGGAAAGUACUGCGAGAAGAGGGAUCCACACCUGGCAUGUGUCGCGUAUGAACGGGGACAGUGCGAUAGGGAGUUGAUAAGUGUCUGCAAUGAGAACUCCCUCUUCAAGUCUGAGGCCAGGUACCUGGUGCGCCGACGUGACCCAGAAUUGUGGGCGGAAGUGUUGAAUGAGAGCAAUCCUUUUAAAAGGCAACUUAUUGACCAGGUGGUUCAAACUGCGUUGUCGGAGACACAAGAUCCUGAAGAUAUAUCUGUGACUGUGAAGGCUUUCAUGACUGCAGAUCUGCCCAAUGAGCUUAUAGAAUUGCUAGAGAAGAUUGUGCUGGAUAGUUCUGUCUUCAGUGAUCACAGAAAUCUCCAAAACCUUCUGAUACUGACAGCAAUUAAAGCAGACAGAACACGUGUCAUGGAAUACAUUAACAGACUGGACAAUUAUGAUGCUCCAGACAUUGCCAACAUUGCAAUCAAUAAUCAGCUCUAUGAAGAAGCUUUCGCCAUUUUUAAGAAGUUUGAUGUCAAUACUUCAGCUAUUCAGGUUUUGAUAGAAAAUGUGAACAAUUUGGAUCGUGCCUACGAGUUUGCGGAGCGUUGCAACGAACCCGCAGUGUGGAGCCAGUUGGCAAAGGCUCAGUUGCAGCAGGGUCUUGUUAAGGAGGCCAUAGACUCCUUCAUAAAGGCAGACGAUCCUUCUGCAUACAUCGAUGUUGUAGAGACAGCUCAUAAAACAGGGAGCUGGGAAGACCUAGUUAGAUAUUUGCAGAUGGCACGAAAGAAAGCACGUGAGUCAUACAUUGAAUCUGAACUGAUUUAUGCGUAUGCCCGUACCAGUAGACUGGUUGACCUUGAAGAAUUCAUAUCUGGACCAAACCAUGCAGAUAUUCAAAAGAUAGGUGACAGAUGUUUUGAUGAUGGCAUGUAUGAAGCAGCCAAACUGCUGUACAACAACGUCUCAAACUUUGCACGCCUGGCCAUCACUUUGGUUCACUUGAAAGAAUUCCAAGGAGCUGUUGACAGUGCACGCAAGGCAAACAGCACUCGAACGUGGAAGGAAGUUUGCUUUGCCUGUGUGGACAGCGAAGAGUUCAGGCUAGCACAGAUGUGUGGGCUGCACAUCGUGGUGCAUGCCGAUGAACUGGAAGAUUUGAUCAACUACUAUCAGGACCGUGGAUACUUCGAGGAGCUCAUAAACCUGCUGGAAGCAGCUCUCGGGUUGGAGCGAGCUCACAUGGGCAUGUUCACGGAGCUUGCCAUUCUCUACUCUAAGUACAAAACGGCCAAGAUGCGAGAGCACCUGGAGCUGUUCUGGUCUCGUGUCAACAUUCCAAAGGUGUUGCGCGCGGCAGAGCAAGCUCACCUCUGGGCAGAGUUGGUCUUUCUCUACGACAAGUAUGAAGAGUACGACAACGCUGUGAUAGCCAUGAUGAACCACCCUAGUGAAGCUUGGAGGGAAGGGCAUUUCAAGGACAUAAUUACCAAAGUGGCAAAUAUAGAGCUAUACUACAAAGCCAUCCAAUUCUACCUGGACUACAAACCUCUCCUGUUGAAUGAUGUUCUACUGGUACUAGCACCACGAAUGGACCACACCAGAUCUGUCAAUUUCUUUGCCAAGGUGAACCAUUUGCAGCUAGUGAAGCCGUAUUUACGAUCAGUUCAGUCGCUUAAUAACAAAGCUAUAAAUGAAGCACUCAACAACCUGCUGAUAAAGGAGGAAGACUAUCAGGGCUUGCGCACUUCAAUUGAUGCAUUCGACAAUUUUGACAACAUAGCUCUGGCCCAGAAGCUGGAGAAACAUGAGCUGAUAGAAUUCCGUCGCAUUGCAGCGUAUCUGUACAAGGGCAACAAUCGCUGGAAACAGUCGGUGGAACUUUGCAAGAAAGAUCGUUUGUUCAAGGAUGCAAUGGAGUACGCUGCAGAGUCUAAGAACGCGGAUGUUGCAGAGGAAUUGCUGAGCUGGUUUCUUGAGAAGGGCAAUUAUGACUGCUUUGCAGCGUGCUUGUUUCAAUGCUACGAUCUGUUGCACCCCGAUGUCAUUAUAGAGCUAGCGUGGCGACAUAAAAUCAUGGACUUUGCAAUGCCAUAUCUCAUACAGGUCACUCGGGAGUACAUCACAAAGGUAGAUAAACUUGAGGAGUCUGAAUCACAGCGAUUGGAAGAAACUGCACAGGACCACAAACCAAUGAUAUUACCGGAGCAGCAGUUGAUGUUGACAGCAGGACCUGGUAUGAUUGGCCCUGGCUACACUCCCUCAUAUCCCAAUGCUUAUCCUCCUCCACCAACGUACCAAGGAUACAGUAUGUAGUCAGCACACCGUCAACUAUACUUUCUACAUUCGCUGAACAUUUUGUUAACAAGUUUGUUUCCUUGGAACUUCAUAGAACUGUAUCAGUGUUAAGUUUUACGUAUAUUGAUAAAAAUGUAACAAUUAAUUCCAGACUUUUUAAUUUAUACUAUGAACAUAGUUGUUGAACUUUGUUGGUGUAAAAGUUGAGUGUGUUUUUGAUACUUAUAGUUUAAAACUCUUGAUAGCUCCUCGCUAGUCAACUAUUCAUUGGUUACAACUUAGGUGCAGGUGCAUUUGUACGUUUAUUUUGUUGUAUGAGUGUUUGUGUAAAGAUUUAUAUUCUGUAGAUUAUAGUAAUAGAUUAAUCAUUAAAAACACAGUUCAUGUUGAAAAAUUGUAUAGAUAAUAUUAAAAAGGUAUAUUUAUUGUAUAAAUUAUUAUUUACACAAUGGAAUAGAGAAUUCCAGUAAAUGUUAAUAAACAAUAUGUAAAACUGUAAUGUUAAUAAAUUUUCAAUUGAAAAUUAUUUGUGUAAUACUCAGUGCAAAACUGUUGUAAUAUAAUGACUGUACCACUAAGCAUAAUGUAUGAUAAAAUAAUUUAACAUUAUAAAA